AUAAAAUCUCCUCUUUCUGGUUCUCGCGUUCAGCAAACCCAUCUCUCGAUUUCAAGUUUCAUUUCUAAAAUAUGCUGUGUGGCAUUGUGUUCUUUACUAGCAGCUGAGAGAGAUGUCGGCAUACGACAAUGUUAUUGGUGGGAAGCUAAAGCUAAAAGGGAAGGCUUUAGAUGUGAAAGCAGGUGGAGUCAAGAAGAAGAAGAAGAAACAGAAGAAACAAGAAGAACAAGCUCUCAAAAUUACUGAUCAUGAACUCAUAGAAGGAGAAAACACCGAAGCUUUAGGUAAAUUGAUCGAAGGAGAAGAAGAAGAAGAAUAUGAAGCGAGUAGGAGUGAAUUGGCGAAACAUGACGAUGAUCAGUUAACGCCUGCAGAAAGAAGGUACAUAGAGCAGAAGCAGAGACUUGAUGUACAGAAGCUAGCCAAGGAAGCGAACAAGUCUCACCGUAACAGGAUUGAGGAUUUCAAUCAGUACCUGGCUAACAUGAGUGAGCACUACGAUAUCCCUAAAGUCGGACCUGGUUAAUCUUACUCUUCCUUGGCUUUCUUCAACUCUGCUUAUCGAUGUUUUGUUAUUCCCAUUAAGUUUUAUUAUGUGAUCUCCACUCUCUUCAUGACAAUUACGCAUUUUCUUGGAAUCUCCCUCUUGUAUUAUUCCCUAUGAGCAAUCAGAUGCUAAAUUAACUAUGA